GGUUCGAACGUCGUAACCAACCCUCGCGCCACCUAGUGGGUUGGCUGUGGGACUCAGCCGAGCCGGCUCCAUCUCACAAGCGAUGUGACCGCAUCGACCGUCUUGUUCGCCGUUGCUAUCGUCCCGAAGUCAGUUCCUCCAACAACCCCCGAACGCACCUCCGGAACCGAGCUGUGCGCGUUGCCGGCACCGGCCAUUCAUUCCGCUCUCCAUCCUCCUCAACACCACCUCAGCCAUUGUGCAUCCGAAUUUGUCAUCAUGGAGAAUGAGUUUGCAGACUGGGGCUUGCCCGAGUCUGUUCUGCGCGCUUUUGAAGCUGAGGAAGUCGAUGUAGCAGCGGCCCUGGUGCUGGGAGAAGUUGCCUUAUCCAAUUUGCUCAAGGAGGGUCCUAAGGCAAGAUUUCUCUCUGCGAGGGAGAAGUACCUGGAGAAGAACACUGUGGUGCUUGAUCUGAAUUCUACCGAUGUUGCAGGAUCCAGCUUCCAGGUGAAUGAUACUCCACGUUCACUUUCACAUUCUCCCCAAAUCUCUGUGGUGCUGGAGGCUAGUCCUGCAAAGGCUACGAGUAAUGUCGAGAUCACAGCUGUGCCUCAACCUACUUCUGUCUCUGGGAGUCGCCCGUCUUGCAGCCAAAGCAAUCCAUCCAAGAAACGAAAGAUAUGCACCACUUAUGUGAAUCAAAUCGACACUCUUUUGGAUGAUUGCCUGGAGGGCCAAUCAGUUCUUGCCUCGUACCGUAAGAAAUCUCACCUUGACAAUGCAUCACGGGACCAGCUUGUAAAAUGUGUUAUCUUUUCUUUGUUCAGAAAUGAUUAUGAUAUCCGGGUGAUCCCGUCAAAACUAGAAAGCAUUGCCAAAGAUAUUCACGAGGUGUUUCGCACUGAGUCUGCGUUGACUUAUUUUUCUCGACACCAGAAAAACGGCAAACAAGUAGUUGCUGGUAGGCUGGUUGUCAAAUACCAUAACUUGAGGCGCAAACUUAUUUCGGUUGGCUUGAUUCCUAAGACCACACUUCAGGAGGAACUUGAAAUUGAAGAGGAAAUAGUGCAUACUGAGGUCGAUUUGGAGGAGGAUGAGGAUCUCCGCUGGUUAUCGGGCAACUCCAGGCCAUGGGCUGAUGUCCUCAGUGCUUGGGAUAGAACUCACAUUGCUCGCAUGCAACUUGUCAGGUGUAUCAAUAAGUCCCAGAAGCCAACUGAAGGGGAGCCCAUGGAAAAUGUUAUUACAAGUGUCUCAAGCUAUCUGUCAUACUUCCGUGCUCUUGGCACAGUGCAUGGUUGGGAACUGCUUCUUGAAGACUUUAACCAACUCCACCCUGGAAAGGCAGUAGCCUUAACAUCGAACUGGCCAAAACUUGAGGCCCUGGCCAAAAUCAGACUUGGAUCACAAGUUAAAUUCUUGGAUGAUGGUAGCCUAUCAUUCGAUCAGAAAGUCACUGAACUCUUGAUUCGGCUGAACCAAUUGUUCAAAGUCCGCAAUGUUUCAACUCCUAAAGGAUCAUGGAAAGUCUCUCGCAUAGAAGCGCAACGUUCCUUUGUGCUUCAUGCACCGACUGAAGGGUCGUGGAAGUCUGUCAUCAAUGACAGGAGGGAAUGCCUGGCCAAGCAAGGAUUGAGUUUGCAACCGUACCUCUGUUUCAUUGGCCCUGUUCACCAAAUAAAAAAUUGGAAACUUGUUUUCAAUGACAAGUCAUCGUGGGACUUUGAAUCCCCACUUCAAGCUCUGGAUGUAGCUUUUAAAUCAUUCUUUGCUACUGAUGCUGCAUAUCCUGCAGAAUCCAGACACAUCUGGACUUUCAUUCAGCAGGCUGUGUAUGGCAUUGUUUGUGCCAAUGACUUCAAAGAUGACAAGCCUCUGAAAGCUUAUCUUGCAUCUGACCUGAAGCAGUUUGCUGCAAUUUAAAUCUGAAUCAAUUGAUUGAUAGUGUGUGUAUGCACUAUGCUCAGUUCAUGUUUUUUGUAUUGAAAAUAUUUUUCUAGUUUUAUUUCUAUACUACCAAAAUGGUGUUUCUGUAGUAGAUUUUUUUUUGUGACUGAGUUGUGCUCUUCAGAAUUGUCAUUAAUUCUGCUUGUGUUUCUCAGAUUUUUUGUUUUGCUCUAAUGCUGUCCAGUCUGUUUCACCAUAAAUAGGUGUAAACUUUGUUGUUUGACUAAGUUGAUCUCUUCAGAAUUUGUUAUUAAUUCUACUUGUAUUUUUCAGACUGUUGUUUGCUUUUAUACCGUCUAGUCUGUUUGACCAGAAAUAGGUGUAAAUAACUUCUUUGUUUAACUAAAUUGAGAAUUGUUUAGAAUUUUUAUUGUAAUUCUCCUUGUAUUUCUCAGACUUUUGUUUUGCUUUAAUGCUGUUUUGUCUGCUCGACCAGAAAAUAGGUGUAAACUUUUUUGUUUUGUGAUACUGAGUUUAUCUCUUCAGAAUUUUUGUUCUGCUUGUGUUUCUGAGACUGUUGGUAUGCUUUAAUGCUGCUAGUCUCGACCAGAAAUAAGUUUAAUAUUUCUUAUUUAACUCUAUUUUGUGAUAAUUUUGUUUUGGUAAACUUUAUUUCCCAACUACUU